AUGGCUUGGAUGACAAGAUUUCUAACCGCGGUGGCGUUUCUGGCUAUCGGGGUAAUUUUCUCGCCGGAAACUUUCGGAUCGAAAUCGGACGGCCAGAACUCGCCGGUGCUCGUGACCGGACUGAAAUUGGCUCACCUCCUCUGCUUUUCCACCGCCUGGGGAGCCGCCUUGUGGGUGACUUUCAUUGGCGGCAUUAUCAUGUUCAAAAAUUUGCCGAGGCAUCAGUUUGGGAAUUUGCAAAGUAAGAUGUUUCCAGCAUACUUCUCCAUGGUCGGGGUUUGCUGUGCAGUGGCAGUUGGGUCAUUUGGGUACUUGCACCCUUGGAAAACUUCAGGGUCAACUGAGAAGUACCAGCUUGGAUUUCUACUGGCGGCCUUCACUUUCAACCUCAGCAAUCUUAUUAUCUUUACGCCCAUGACGAUAGAGAUGAUGAAACAAAGGCACAAGAUAGAGAGAGAAGCAAAUAUAGGGGAAGAAGUUGGGUGGACCAAAAACCAACAAGUUGCCAAGAAAAAUCCAAAGCUUGCUGCCAUGAACAAGAAAUUCGGAAUGAUUCAUGGAUUAUCGUCUCUUGCUAAUAUCUUUGCUUUCGGCAGUCUUGCCGUUCAUUCCUGUGGAACCUGA